CGUUUGUGGCAGAAGAGAAGGAAAGGUUUUGAGCCUUUGAGAGACUGUUUGCUUUGGCUGGGUUCCCUUCUUUUAUUUACUGAAUUCCAGAGGUGACCAAUAUCCAAAAUAAGAAAAUGAAGCUAAUUAUCGGCAUUGGAGGAGUGACCAACGGUGGGAAGACCACUUUGACAAAUAGACUCUUAAGGACAUUACCCAACUGUUGUGUGGUGCAUCAGGAUGACUUUUUCAAGAAACCCGAUCAAAUAGAAGUCGGGGAGGACGGCUUUAGACAGUGGGAUGUGAUCACUGCCCUGGACAUGGAGGCUAUGAUCAACACUGUGAAAGGCUGGCAGGAGAACCCAGUCAAGUUUGCCCGCUCCCACGGUGUCAGCCUGUCACCUGAAGCCGAGUUGUCCGACUCGGAGGAGGGGAUCCAUUUUCUCAUCGUGGAGGGAUUCCUCAUCUACAAUUACAAGCCUCUCCUUGACGUCUAUGACAAAUGUUUCUACAUUUCCAUUCCUUAUGAGGAGUGCAAAAGGAGAAGAAGUACAAGGACAUACACAGUCCCCGACCCCCCCGGCCUUUUCGACGGCCAUGUCUGGCCCAUGUACUUGAAACACAGAAAAGAAAUGGAGAGCAAUAGCGACAGAAUAGCGUACCUUGACGGGAUGUCAUCAAAGGAAGAUAUGUACAACCAAGUAUAUGAAAGUAUUCAGAAUGCCCUGCUGAACAACUCAUAGCAGGACGGGGACAACAGAGGAUUUGUGUAUAGACUUGUAAAUAUAUUUUGAGUAAAUAUGUAACACCAGUUCUGUGCUUCUAGCCUAUAUGAUUUCUGAUUUGUAAAUAGUUAAUCAUGUAACUUAUUAAGACCUAAAAGCAGAAGUAUUGUUUUGUAUAAGCUUGUGUAACUUUUUUUCUAAAAGAAGAAGCCACCUCUGGAUUGCCCAGUGUUUAACAUCAGGGACAGAUCUCAAGUCUGAUCCAAUUGUACUGUACGUUAGUAAGUAAAAUGCCCACUGGGAAGAAAGAUUUAUGUCCGCAACAUAA